UGCGCGUGUUCCUUUAAGGGGCUGGUCUGGCGGGAGCGCGGGGGUUUUUCUGCUGCCGCUUCCUUUCUAGCCUUUUAAGUUCCCCGAAAUCCGACUGCCGCCUUGGACCGGGGCAGCUCGCGGCCCCGAGAGCUCUAGCAGUCGAGGAGCUGCCUGGGGACGUUUGCCCUGGGGCCCCAGCCUGGCCCGGGUCACCCUGGCAUGAGGAGAUGGGCCUGCUGCUCCUGGUCCCAUUGCUCCUGCUGCCAGGCUCCUACGGACUGCCCUUCUACAAUGGCUUCUACUACUCCAACAGCGCCAACGACCAGAACCCAGGCAACGGUCAUGGCAAAGACCUCCUCAAUGGAGUGAAGCUGGUGGUGGAGACACCCGAGGAGACCCUGUUCACCUACCAAGGGGCCAGUGUGAUCCUGCCCUGCCGCUACCACUACGAGCCGGCCCUGGGCUCCCCAAGGCGCGUGCGCAUCAAAUGGUGGAAGCUGUCGGAGAACGGGGCCCCAGAGAAGGACGUGCUGGUGGCCAUUGGGGUGAGGCACCGCUCCUUUGGGGACUACCAAGGCCGCGUGCACUUGCGGCAGGAGAAGGAGCAUGAUGUCUCGCUGGAGAUCCAGGAUCUGCGACUGGAGGACUAUGGGCGUUACCGCUGUGAGGUCAUUGAUGGGCUGGAGGAUGAAAGCGGUCUGGUAGAGCUGGAGCUGCGGGGUGUGGUCUUUCCUUACCAGUCCCCCAACGGGCGCUAUCAGCUCAACUUCCAUGAGGGCCAGCAGGUCUGUGCUGAGCAGGGCGCGGUGGUUGCCUCCUUUGAGCAGCUCUUCCGGGCCUGGGAGGAGGGCCUGGACUGGUGCAACGCGGGCUGGCUGCAGGACGCCACGGUGCAGUACCCCAUCAUGCUGCCCCGGCAGCCCUGCGGUGGCCCGGGCCUGGCACCUGGCGUGCGAAGCUACGGCCCCCGCCACCGCCGCCGGCACCGCUAUGAUGUAUUCUGCUUCGCCACUGCCCUCAAGGGGCGGGUGUACUACCUGGAGCACCCUGAGAAGCUGACACUGACAGAGGCAAAGGAGGCCUGCCAGGAAGAUGACGCCACAAUCGCCAAGGUGGGACAGCUCUUUGCCGCCUGGAAGUUCCAUGGCCUGGACCGCUGCGACGCUGGCUGGCUGGCAGAUGGCAGCGUCCGCUACCCUGUGGUUCACCCGCAUCCCAACUGUGGGCCCCCGGAGCCUGGGGUCCGAAGCUUUGGCUUCCCUGACCCACAGAGCCACUUGUACGGUGUUUACUGCUACCGCCAGCACUAGGACGUGGGGCCCUCCCCUGCCGAAUUCUCUCACUGGCUGUGUAUUUAUUGAGUGGUUCGUUUUCCCUUGUGGGUUGGAGCCAUUUUAACUGUUUUUAUACUUCUCAAUUUAAAUUUUCUUUAAACACUUUUUUACUAUUUUUUUUGUAAAGCAAACAGAACCCAAUGCCUCCCUUUGCUCUUGGACGCCCCACUCCAGAAAUCUUGCCUGCUUCCCUGGGCCAUUUGCGGUUUUGUGGGCCUCUGGAGGGUUCCCCACCAUCCAGGCUGGUCUCCCUCCCUUAAGGAGGUUGGUGCCCAGAGCGGGCGGUGGCCUGUCCAGAAUGCCACUGGGAGUCAGGGCAUGGUGGGCACAGUUCUCCCUGCCCCUCAGCCUAGGGGAAGAAGAGGGCCUCGGGGGCCUCCAGAGCUGGGCUUUGGGCCCCUCCUGCCCACCUCUACUUCUCUGUGAAGCUGCUGACCCCAGUCUGCCCACUGAAGGGCUAGGGCUGGAAGCCAGUUCUAGGCUUCCAGGUGAAAUAUGAGGGAAGGGAGAAAUUCCCCUCUCCAUUCCCCUCCCCCUCUUGGUUCCAAAGAAUCUGUUUUGUUGUCAUUUGUUUCUCAUUGUUCCCUGUGUGGGGAGAAACAAUUGUUUCUCAUUGUUCUCAGGUGUGUGUACUUUCUUUAGACAAUAAAUGGUGCUAUGACCGCCUUCCGCCA